GGGGCCCAUGCCUGAAGAGAAGUACCACGCACCAUUGCGAAGAAGGCCAAGAGAUGGAGUGCUGCCCCGGGGGUGCCUGGGGGUGCCAGGGCCUGGAAUCAGCAUGCUUAUCUGGGUCCAGUAGCCACGAGUGAGACCCCGUGAGGCCAGGAAGGCCUCCUUAUUGAAGGUUUCACUGGUCACCUCUGGAGAAGGAGGAGGAGAAGGGCUGAGGGCUCAGGGGUUAGGGUCCCAGACUUUAGCUCUCCUCACCCUGGGUAUGAGUAGGGUGCUAGGUGGGGAGACAGCAAACAUUUCUGAGUGUCUACAGUGUAGCAAGCAUCCAGCCUACAGAAUUCUUAUAAAAUUCCCUGGGAACAUUUGUUAGUAUCCCCAUUUUACAAAUGAGGAAACUAAGGCACUAAGAAAUACAGUGAUUUGCUUAAGGUCACCUGUUAGUGGUGGAGCUGGGAAACAAGUGUUUGAAUUGAUAGUUCCAAAUCCCCUAAACUCUCUCAGGGACCUGGGUGCUGAGUUCUUAGCUCCAGAGAUCGUGUCUCCAGCCUCAGGGGGUCUAGUUUCCAGCCCGAAUACCCAGCACCCUGCCCUUAUUCCAGGGAUCCAGACUCCAGCCUCAGGCAUUUAACCUCCAGGACCCUGUUCCCUGAUACCCAGGCAUCUGACACAAAGAUGGGGCCCAAGUUCCACCUUCUCAUCCUGACUUCCUUAUGGUACCUGCAGUGUAGGUGAAAGGCAGAGUCGCCAGUUCCCCUGUCCGCUCCAUGAAGGCUGCAAGCCUUGGGCACCAAAAUCUGUGGCUCACGUCAUCUGGGCAUCGCCGCCAGUCAGCCCGGAGACAGGCCUCUCCACAGUACAAGACAGCACUACACUGGGGGCUGGGGUCACAGGGGGUGUUGAUGUCCCUGAGUCCUCUGCCUGCCCACUGGCCGCCCUGCCACUGCCCACAUGUCACUCGCUCUGUUUGUAUCCUCUCUGCCAGUAACAGCUUGUUUUCAUCUUAUUUCCUUGUUCUUCACUCUGUCUGUCUGCAGAGUCCCCCACCAGCCUACUUUCUCUCUGUUUGCCUGACUGUUGGGUCUUCCUUUCUCUUACUCCAUCUUUGUGGGCUGCUCACCAGGGUGCCAGCUUCACUUCAAAGCUGUGCUUGUGACAAACAUGGCAGGUUCGAGCCCGAAGGGAGGCAAAGGUGAAGCCUGGCUGGGGACCCCAUGUCCGCAUUGGAGUCUUGGCCAACUUCACUCCCAGCCUGGGGACCAGACUCUCCAGCUUUCUGAAGGGAGGUGGGCAGGGCAUUAGGCUGCGGGGCUCAGAAGUCCAAGUCCCCUAGGCCUUCCCACCCUCAGAUACCAGAUUUGUGUACCGAUGUAGCCGGGCAUCUCCCACAGUAAGCUGUCGAGGCUUUCGAGGGUCUCCGGAGCCCAUGGGGCAGGCCAUGCUGUGGCAGAGGAGAGCAUAGGCCCGAGGAGCCAGGUUCUCUGUCUCUGAGCCCUUGCCUGCACUCCUCUGUGCUCCUUCCAUUAGCAGGUCAAUGCCCAAGAUGGUGCCGUGUUCAUCGGUCACCAGUAAGAGGCAGGAAAGGUGCAGGGGGGCAGCCUCUGGAGAAGAAGGGAAAAGUCAGAGGUGGGUGGUGUGGCAAGAUGAUCGGGGUCAGGGGUACCAAAUACAAAUGACCUCAGAGGCCAAGCAAGUAAACUAGGUGAGUAAGGGGAACUAGGUGGAAAGGGUGUACCUCAUCUAAAGGGUCAGCUGCUACAGAGUACCAGCAUUUGCUGCCAUGCAGAAAUGUGGGCCUGCUGUCAGAACUUCAGUUUUUCUUAAGAAGGUAUAACUCCACACUUCAGGAGUUCUUUUACUUCCAAUGUUUAAAUCUUGGCUCAAAUUUAAAAACAAAAACAAUGUGGGACAAUGAAAACACCUUUUCAGACCAGACUAACCUAAAGCCACCCUUUUGUUUGUGAUUCCUAGCUGGGUUCUGAGUGGCAAGCAGGACUUCAGGGACAGAAUAUGUCUGAGCAGGGGCUAGGGCAGGGCCAGCUCUAGGUUCUUACCACUUUUCCGUCCCUUUCUCCUCUCCGUCCCGGUUCUGUCUUCUGCCCUGUCCUCUCGGCAGCCAUCCUCAGCACCUCCUGCCUCCUGCUCAGACUCCUCUGGCUCCCCUGGAGGAUUUGCUUCCUGGGGGGACUCCCUGCUCCCAUGGGCUGGCUCCCCAUCCUCCUCUGGUUCUACCUUCUCUGUGCUUGCAUUGUCCUCUCCAUUUUCUUCCUCUUCCUCCUCCUCUUCCUCUUCCUCCCCUUCCUCCAAACUGACAAAGCUGACAUAGGGGCUUAGGUCUCGAAGGUGGAGUGGGGGCUCAUCUCCCAGCAACCAGCCAGCCCCCAGGCCUGGUCCAGGACCUGGCUCUGCCCCUCUCCCCAAGCUGAUGCCCACACUACGGUUGGGCAAGACAUGGAGCACCCAAAGGGCAGGGUCCUGGGGCAGCCUUCUGAUCUGAGCCUCCAGCUGUUGCCAGCGUCCCUCAAGGAUGGUCUCCACAGCCCCACGCUCUGCCACGAACUUUCGGAACCAGCCAAAGAGGAGAGCAGUGAAGUCAAGGAACUCAUCUCGGUAUCCAGACACAAACUCCAUGUCUUCAGGGGCACUGGGCCUGGGCUCACUAAGCAGAGAAAGGGAUUAUAUGGGGAGGGAGAGUGUGGUGGUGAGAAUUUGGGGCUGGGUCACAAAAUGCGGAGGAUGGGUUUAAGGCUGUACAGAUAAGUGUUAGAGGCUGAGAAUAACGUUUUCAAGGCUGAAGAUGGGAAUCUGGGGGUGAGAAUGGGGGCUACACUUGAAAGUGGACCAUUAGAGUUAAAGAUGUACUAAGGAGUGAAAUGGUAUUUGAGGCUCAAACCGCAAAAGUAGGGCUUGAGUUGGGAUAGAGAUGAGGGAGGGCUAAUACUAUCAGGAAGGGUUUGGCAAGGAGGGAAGAAUUGUGGGUCCGUCCGCGGGGUGUGGGAGGACCGGGACAGGAGGAUCCAGAGCAUCCCCUCAGCUUGGAUCGGUUUGGCGGUGAGCCCCGGUAGACCUAGCUUCUCCCGGCCGUUCCUCUACUCCAGUACCUGCAGCCGCCACCACUUUUCGAAGGUAAAUACCUCGGGGGUGGGGGCGGGCGUGACGUCAGGGCUGCGGAGCCCACCGCCCGCUCCUCGCGAGUUGGCAGCGUGUGUCCCGGAGGUUCAGGCCAGUGUCAGUGCGGCCGAGCGCGCGGACUGCCCUGCGCGCAUCACCCGGCCAUGUGACUGGAUCCAGCUGCGCCAGGACCCCGCCAGGGAAGUGAAAGCUUGGAGGAGGAGGCGGGGUGUAGACUCCCCUGUGGACUUCCCGUGGGCGACCUGGAGUGGGUGAGCGGACGGGCGGGGCUGGCGACCCUAAACCGCACGGAAGGAAUCAGCCCGUCAGGUCGCUGCCCGCCUGCCCCGCCACGCCGCAGCGCAAGUUUUCUCUUUCUUCGGACAUUUCGGUCAACUUUCGACGACGGCUCCGGCCCCGCCAGGGACGUGGGCGAAGGAGCUCCGCCUUUGGGGGUUUCCCCGCGUGGGAGGCCGGAGUCCGUGGGGAGUCCACGUACUCACUGCGCUGUCGGUUCCAGACGCUUCGAGCGCCGGGAGGGACGGAGGACCUUGAGCCACCUCCCUCCGGCCUCUGUCUCCCAGAAUCUCAGGCAGAGCAGGUGAAGGAAGCGAAAGCCUUAGAGAAACCAGCUGACGUCUCUCUCGUCUCUCUCCGCCAGUCGGGGAAGCCAGACCUGGCUUGUCCCCGAGAUGAGGAGGGCCUGGAGACCCCAGUUCCUCGGUCUCCUCCUCCUUCUAGCGGCGCUGACUCUGCCAGGCAGUGGCAACGAGGGCAGCAGCGCUGGAAGUUGUCACUGUGAUAUAACGUUUCCUUCCAACAACCCUCCAACGGAUAAACAAAUGACACAUUUCCGAAAACAACUGAAACACCAUACUCAGUGUACUUUCUUUGUCAGGUUCCACCUGCCUCGCCGGACUGUGUGUGGGGGCAGCAGCGACCCGUGGGUGACUGAACUGAUCAGCUGCAUUAAACGCCAAGAAUGUGGACAUCCUUACUCUGGGGGAAUGGCCCACCAGGACCACUUACCUCCCCCCGGCAGCCAGGUUCCCAAGUCCGCAGAACGGACACUUGCAGUCACAGGAAUCUCUGCCCAGACGUACCUGCCGCCCACUUUGCAGUCUACCCCGCAGCCCACCCAUCCAGGAGGCAUACUGUUUGUGGACAAAAAGCUCAUUCACACCAGUGAAACCACUACUUCCUCUGCGGGCCACAGUCUGGAGGCUGGGGAGAACAAGAAGCGGUUGGAAGAAAACAUGGGUCCCACAGGUGGGACACCUGCUAUGGUGCCAGUGCUGUCCCUCUUGGCCAUCAGCUUCAUCCUCACUGCAGCCCUCUUCUAUGUGCUGUGUAAGGGGAAGAGUAAGAAGUCACUGCAGUGCUCUCCAGAUUUGCAGCUUCAGUAUACACCUGUGGCACCAGACUCCCAACACUUGGACUAAGAAUGGAAGCCUGUGAUUAUGAUAAAAUAUCAUGUACAUUGCAUAUAUUUAAAAAAUCUCUCUGGUACAUGGUAAGCACUCUGUAUACACAUAAAUAAUCAGCCACUGUUCUCU